AUGGACAUUGACAAGCUAUUCAAGGUGCCCAAGCUGCCUGGUGGCGGUAACAAGAGGCGACUGCCAGAUGCUCCAACGCCAGACAUGCUCAAGCGAAUGCGAAUAGAUGCAGAAGGCACUGCUGCCCCUGUACCUCAAAACGGCACAUCGAACAAGGGCAAGUCGCGUGCAGCGAUGGUCGAAGACGUGGAUGAAGAUGAGGAGAUGGAGCCCGACUUUGCACCUGGUGGGGAUGCAGACUACUUCGCGGAGGAAGACGAGGAAGGCCGCUUCUAUGGCGGCGGGUUGACAAACGAGCAGAAGGAUAUCCUCAACAUAUUUGACCGAGCUGGAGGGGAUGAGGCGAGAAAGGAUUUGGAGGAACUAUCUCUUCCCGGCAUUCGCAGGCUCCUCAAACGGUUCGAGGCGACGGUGAACAAGAACCAGGAUCAGCGGUCCAAGUAUGCCGACGAUCCAACAAAAUUCAUUGACUCCGAAGCAGACCUUGAUGCAGCAUUGAAAGCCCUCCUUCCACUCGCCCAAGCCCCUCUGCUUGCUUACCCCGAGCUCGGGAAGACUGGUGCGCUAGCACGAUUGGUCGGUUUGCUCAGCCACGAGAAUGCAGACAUCGCGCUGGACGUAGUGGAAGUCAUCCACGAACUGACGGAUGAGGAGGUGGGCAAUGGGGUCGAGGAGGACGAAGAGAUCGAGGGGACUAGGGAAGAGGCCCUGAAGAUGCUCAUUGAGGGCCUGAUGGAAAACGCGAUAUUCGAGCUGCUCGUGGACAAUCUCGGCCGUUUAAACGAGGCGGAAGAGGCAGACAGACAGGGCGUGUUCCAGACCCUAGGCAUUUUCGAGAACAUCAUUGGGUCCGAUCCGGACUUCGCGCCACAACUUAUUGCUAAGACAUCCGUCCUGAAGUGGCUGCUCGACCGGAUACAGUCUAAAGCACACAAUGAGAAUCGAGGCUAUGCCGCGGAAAUCCUAUCUAUCCUUUUGCAAAACAAUCGAGUCAACCGACUAGAGUUCGGCAAGCAGGAUGGCGUGGAAACCGCGCUGAAGGUCUUGUCGCAAUAUCGUAAACGCGACCCAGUCGACCCGGAUGAGACCGAAUUUAUGGAGAAUCCCGAGAUCAAGAAAUUGUUCCUCGAUAGCGAAGGCGUGGACCUGAUGGUCCUCUUGAUGAAGGAAAAGAUGCAGGCGAAGUCGCGCUCGAUCAAGGUGCUCGACUAUGCCAUGUCAGGUACGGCUGGUACAGCGACAUGCGAGGUAUUCGUAGAAGCUCUCGGUCUCAAGAUACUAUUCUCAGCCUUCAUGGGGAAGGCGCAGAAGAAGAAAGCGCCUGCAGCGGCACCAGCAUCCGAGGAUGCAUCACAUACACUUGGCAUCGUUUCAUCGCUCCUGUCGAAUCUCCCGUCCGAAUUGCCAGCACGAAUCCGGCUUCUUGCCAAAUUCGUAGAGAAUAACUACGAGAAGGCAGAGAAACUGCUGGAGAUUCGGGACGCCGCGCAGACGCGACUGAAGAGUGUGGAGAAAGAGAUCGAGGCGGAGAAACAGGAGCUCGCUGCAGAGGGCGAGGAGAUCGGGUCAGAAGAAGAGGACCUGUGGUAUAUUCGGCGCCUGGACGGCGGAUUGUUCACACUACAAACAGUGGACUAUAUCCUUGCCUGGAUUGUUAUGGAGGAUGACGGGAUCCGUACCCAUGUACAACAGAUGCUGAACAGGCGAAACCGCUCACUGAAGGACAUCAUCGGCACACUCCAGAUCUACCACGACAAUGUCGACGAGGACGACACAAACGCACAUGACGAGGGCUCGCUUUCGCGAAAAGAGAUCCUCAGAAACCUCAUAGCAUUCCUCGAGGCAUGUUAG